AUGUCCACAAACCCCUCCCUUCAAGAGACGCCCCAGAUUCGUCUCAAUUGCGGGCGACAGAACCCAUUUGCUGAUUCCGACGACCCCUAUGUGCCAGUACCACCACAGCACCAGAUUGGGCGGGCACUGACCCCCGGGAUGGUACAGUCGCCGUCCGAUGCCACAUUGCAGACGACAUGGGGUUCGCCCACUCCCCAAGAAUCAACAGAGUUCUUAAUACCCCCCAAGCCGUAUCCCCACAAGGAACUGUACCAAUCCCGGUCACCGGAUCUGUCGAUUCGGUCGCGGCGCACGAGCUGGAGUUCAGAGGCAGCCAGUUAUGAUGCUCGGGGGUAUUCAUACACUCGUUUCGAUGAAUCUCGGGCGCCGUCGCGUGCAGGGAGUGAUGAGAAUGAUGUGAACACACAAACAGUGACGGAAAAGUACAACAUAAUGCCAACAGAAGGAUUGUUAUUGUUUCCGGAGGAUGUGGAGAAAGAUGACUACUUGCAUAACCCGGAUCCAAAUGAUCGGGAUAUUGAUUGUGAUGUGUGGAAUCGGCGGGGACUGAUCAAUCUGGGUGGACUGCUACUCAUAACAGUGGGCUUUGUCGUGCUGUUUGUUGCCUAUCCGGUGAUAUCGGCUGUGGGCGGGGUAGAGAAAGCAGCCCAAUCGAACUGUGACCCUGAUGAUUCCUUAUGUGUCGACGUCGGGGACCAAGCAGGACUCACCAAAUUACGAACGGGAUUGAUCGACCCAGACACACCGGCUUCUGCGAUGACAAAGACAUCAGCAGACGGCAAGGAAUGGCAUCUGGUGUUUUCCGACGAGUUCGAAACCCCUGGUCGGUCCUUUUAUGACGGUGACGACCCUUAUUAUCAGGCCAUGGAUUUCUGGUAUGGUUGGUAUGACCCGGACGCAGUCACGACGAAAGAUGGAAGCUUGGAGAUCCGAUUCGAUGCCUUCACCAACCACGAGCUGGGGUAUCGUUCAGGAAUGGUGCAGAGUUGGAAUAAGCUGUGCUUCUCGGGUGGUCGCUUGGAGGCCAGUAUCUCCUUGCCCGGCGCUGGGGAUGUAUCUGGGUUCUGGCCUGGCUUCUGGGCGAUGGGCAACCUAGGCCGACCGGGCUAUGCUGCGACUACCGAUGGGAUGUGGCCCUACAGCUACUACGACCGAUGCGAUGCCGGCAUCACGCCCAACCAGAGCUCCACCGACGGGAUCAAUUUCCUCCCCGGCAUGCGUUUACCGGCUUGCACUUGCAAUGGCACCGACCAUCCGUCCCCGGGCAGAUCCCGCGGCGCCCCCGAAAUCGAUGUGAUUGAGGCCAGUGUGGGCGCUCUGAACAACAACCCGGACGCCGUUAUUGGCACCGUGUCCCAAAGUUUGCAGAUGGCUCCGUUCGACAUUUGGUACAUGCCUGACUACGAGUACACGGCCGUGUACGACCCCCAUAUCACGGAGAUCAACACCUACCGAGGAGGACCGUACCAGCAAGCCAUGUCUGGCCUCACCAACCUCAACAACAAGUGGUACAAUGGCACCGAGUACCAAGUUUAUGCGUUCGAGUACACCCCCGGUGCCGUGGGCAACGUGACCUGGUUUGUGGGCCAGGAUAAGACCUGGACCCUGGACGGGCGAGCCAUUGGACCCAACGGCAACGUCGGCCAGCGGAUGAUCCCCAUGGAGCCAAUGUCGAUUGUGAUGAACCUGGGUAUGGCGUGGAGUUUUGCCCCGAUCAACGACACGAUCCGGAGCUACCUGCCUGGGUUCAUGCGGUUCGAUUACAUUCGGAUCUACCAGGACCCGAACAACAUCAGUGUCACCUGCGACCCACCGGGCUACGAGACGACGGACUACAUUGCCAAACACCCGAACGCUUACAACGACCACAACCAAACCUCAUGGGCUGAUGCCGGAUAUGAAUGGCCCACGAACACACUCAUGAACGGGUGCUAG